CACAAAUAUCAUCAUCAUCUUCUUAUAAAGUAGGAGUACAACCUAAAGUAAAAGCAAGACCACAAGAGGGCAAAGAGAGAGAGUACAACACAUUAUACAACUCAAAAGCCAUGGACGAUGACAGCUUCAGAGCCCGUGUACACAAAGUUUUCGGCGCUCUCUCUUCAUCAGCACCGUCGUCGGCGUGGUCUCUCACCGACGAUGAAGUGGAGAAGAAAGAGUGGAACCGGAGCGCACUGAAAGAGGAUGAUGACCAAACCCUUUCUUCUUCGUCAUAUGAUGGAUUAUUCAAACAAAAUCGCAGGAGGAACAUGAAUGAUCCAAAUGAUGAGGAAAGUGGUUUUGAGCACCCUAAUGAUGUUUGGGAUAUCAGAUCCUCCAUUGGCUUGGAUUCCACGCUUGAUAAUGAGGACGAGGAAGAUGAAUAUGAUAGAGUGGCGGAAGGCAGAGUGGGUGCUGGUGAUCGCUUGUACAUGAAGAAUGUUAUUGAUCAGGAAACAUCUUAUGAUCCUUCAGGACGUAGCAUCCGUAGAGACGCACGUGCAAAUCAUAUGGCUGCACAAGUUAGGCUGAAGGAAGAUGCUGAUGCUGCUGUGAAAUGUGAAACUCAUUUUGAUGGUAUCACUCUAUAUGGUGAGCAGCAUUCUACUGAACCACUUCAGGUUGAUAGUAAGGUGAAGCCAAUUUUGAAAAGAGCAAGGAAAUCUGAGAAUGGUGAGCUCAAGUCCGCGAAACGAGUCAGGUUUAAUCCUAGUUGUAAAGAUGAAUGUGAAGGGGCAUCAGAGCUAGAAGUUUCUUGGGCAGCUCCUGCAGCAGCAAAUUCUAGUUCUCAAGAAAAUGAAUCUAUUCUUGACAACAGUAGGCCGAAUGUUCCUGAUCAUAUUCUCAACCCUUCAAAGUAUAUUCACUAUAGUUUGGAUUCUUCUAGCAAGCUUGAUGAUGAAUCAAAUAUUCAAGCUUGCGCAUACCUUCUCGAGGAGGUUAAGAAGUUGAAGCAUGAUCAAUUGGCACGAGAAACUAUGGAUGUGUCAGCUACUAAUCCUAAAUCACCAGCCUUUGUACCUAGGCAGAAGAACUCAUAUGCUAUAGCAGCAAAUGAUGCAACUCCGUCAAAGGAAAUGAUUAAAGAUGCUUGUAAUGAAUCGUUGCACCCAAAAGGCUUUCCGGUUGCCAUUGCCGCUGUAGAGGCUCAAGAAAGUGGAGAUCCAAUGGAAGAGGAUAUGGAAGCACAUGUAGGUGACAAUAACAUCGUGUCCCAUAAACAAGAACGCAGCUAUCGAAGAACUCGAUCAAUUGGUUAUAUUCCUUUUGCGAGGAACAAUUGUUGAGUGAAUGUUUUACUUCUGCCCAAUAAAGCAAGGCAGAGAUGAACGACUCUGUUACUUGAGGCUAGCAUGUAUGUUAUAUAAUUCCUUUAGCAGAAAUGCUUGAUACAGUGCAUCUGUUUGCAAGUUGUUGUUUUAGCUGGAUCUCCACCCCUAACCCCUCCAACCUCCACCCCUCCAAAAAAAGAGGAAGAAACAUACAAUAUAUAACUAUAGGGGGACGACAUAAGCAUGGAGUGUACUGACUUUUUGCAUGAACUAUCUGUUUUUAAGGAUUCUUGAUGGAUUAUUCUUAUUAUGUUUGUUUUUUA